GUAUUCAACUGUCUUUAUGCGCUGCGUUGCCAAGACUUCCAUACGUGGGACAUGCAGAAACGAUGCAGUGAUGCAGUAGUCCAGUAGAACUUGGGAAAGAAGAUGGGUCGUGCCACUUACAAUGCUGUGACGGAUAAACGUAGCAAAAUUAACAGAAUGUUGGAAGCAUACUCCUAGUUUGGCACACAGCUGAAGUGCAUAUCCAUUUGAUCAAGUCUACUUCAUACAUCUGUACAUGUUCAUAAGGACUACAACAAAUAACUGACCACCAUGGGUUCUACAGAUUCAGAACGCUCUAUUUCUUCUGGCAUUUCUAUUCCACAGUGGAUGAAAUCAAAGAUUGGUGAUAGGUACGACAUAGAGGAAACUUUUUCACCACCUACACACGAUGACACAUUCUUUUACAUACGUUAUCCAAAAUCAAAGCCUGUAGCUCAACCAGAGAAUGACAGUUAUCGUCCAAUCAGUGAAGUUUUGGAAGAGAAGCCUUUGAAACAGAGAGAUUUCUCAAAACACACACAGCCUUGCAAAGAAUUCAUUCCUGAAGCAAAUGGAAAAGAAAAUACUUCCUCAUUAGUAGGAGGUGCAACACAGAUGCAGUCAAGAGUCAACAAAUCACAGGGAACAGACGAUGGAUAUGUGGGAGAAGCUGCUGCAUGUGGCAAAUCAGUAGUGCAAGUUGCACAGCAAAUGAUUGCGGGUAACAGGUUGACAUUGCGAGGAGCUGAACAAGCCAUGCCACCAAAAGAACGUCACAGGCGCAACAGCAAAUCUCUCCCAACAAGCCCGCUUGGCUCGCCAAGUGUAUCCCCUAAACUGCAGAGAAAGAAACAGGGGGAACUACAGAACAGGUACUUCACAGGUGUAUUUGGAGUCCCUACCCAGUACCCUGGAAGCUGGAUUUUAUCCGGAGUUUUGGGACAGAGAGAUAUUGCUGCACAUCAAACAAAUAUUCAGGAGACAGCAUCUCAGAAAUCAUCAUUAGAUGAUGGAAAACAAAGUGAUGUACGCAGGAAUAAAUCUUCAUCAUCACUUGUUCGAACAUCUACGGAAGGUUCUAGAGAUGAAGACCAGAGCUCAUCUGAUGGUGAGAGCUCACCAGGUCUUGUCAAGAAGGAAAUGUUUUUCCGUGCAAAACCAUCUGAGUUGAGAGAGAUGAAUUUCUUGUCUCCCACAUCAAUGUGAAAACAUGAAGUCUGUUACCGUAAAGUAUUUUAGCUAUUAGUACGUGUGAAGAUACUGUUCUGAUAUUUGACAUUGAAUAUUAUUUCUGUUCAGAAGUCAUUAUUUUGUGCCUUUUUUGUUUUUUUUUCUUUUGUAAAAAAAAAGUAAAUGUGAUGAAGCUGUGUGUGUGUUUCAGAAGUUUCUUUGUUGACGUUGAAAAUAGUCAUGUGACAUGCCAUGUUGGCUCUGUGUGUUUCUGGUUUAAAUCAAUACAUAUAAUCUAUAAAGCAAAUGUACUCAUAUUGGAUCUGUCCUUUAAUAAGUAAUUCCUUGGUGCUCAGUUAUUUGUUAGAAUCCAUAUUUUCAUUACUUUUUAGCAUUGCUUCUGGUAGCACUUCUUGCAUAAGUUAGUUGGAAUACUUUGGUUAAUAGUUCUGUAGUAUAGUGUAGCUUUCUCACCCAUACUGCACUGAAGAUUUUUAUGAAACACAGUACAAAUUUUAGAUGGUUAGUCAUUUUGCUCAUGGUAUUUUGAAGUUGUUUGUAUAAUGUUGAAAAUUGUCUGCAAAAGAAAAUGCAUCAUUCCUCAAACAUUCAAUUUGGUUGUCUAAAUUUCAGUACUGUUAUUGCUGACUAUCAGUUGAUCAAUAAUACUUAAUUUUACUCAAGUCCACUGCCAUCCACAUUGUUAGGGAAAAUUGAUCUGUGCUGAUACCAAUACAGGAAAUAUGGGGUUUUGAUUUCUAUAUUAACCUAGAAAUGAGCAAGGUAACUAGUAAAAAAAAAAAAAAAAAAAAGCCUGAGAACAGACUAGAAUACAUGGACAUCUUUUGUGUAAAGAUUUUGUAAGGUGGUUAUCUUCUGUUUGGCAUAGCUAGCUGUUGAACUUCAGUGACUUGUCAACCUGCUCAUGUGUGAAGUUUUUUUUUUUUUUUUGCACGCGUAAGUGGCAUGGAGAACCCUGAAAAUAGUAAAUGUCUCUAUACUAGGGUGUACCAUUCUCAUUUCAGUUAUAAAAUUUUGAAAGAUUGCUAUGACUCUUCUAAAGUUACCAGAUUCUUAAUAGUUACUCAAAAUUUGCCUCCUAGUAACCUGUCUGAUUUGUGUUCUAACUUGGCCUCCUAUUCCCGUACGUGUUUCAUUGUAAGUUUCUUUCUUGCCUUUCUGUUCUUGCCUUGUCAAAAGAAAUAUUUGUUUUACAAAAUAUAAAAAAUGCCUGGUGAAUUUCUUUAUACACUAUAUUGGCAAAAUACCAAAACAUUAUUUAUGACAGGUUUUAACAAGAAAUGCAGGCAAAUUUUUAAAAAACUCUGAUGUUAAUUUAUUUCAAUGAAUGAGAUUAAAAUGAUGGCACAAGCUACACUUUUUUUUAUAAUAAACACCAGGAUCGGUUUUGGCCCCCAAGGCUAAUAUCCAGUGGUUAUUUUAUACUCAGAGCCAUCAACAUGCAGUUUCAGUCCUGGAUCUUCCUUUAUAUGAAGACAAGAUUUUUCAGUCUCUAAUGGGUCUUCAAGAAACUGUAAGUUCACACCUUCCAAUUCUUCUUUUGCAUGUACAUUGGACAGAUAAAACAGGACCACUGAGGUGCCUUACCAGAUUCCUCUUCUUUCAUUCAGAUAGUUCUCUUAUAGUCCAUGGCUGCCAAUCUCCACCUUUGGAGAAUUUCUGCAAAAACAAGAUGGUUUUUGUGGAAAUUCGUGUACUUCUUUCUCCAUGAGUGUAGAAUGGCAGCUGUGGAUCACAAGAAAACAAUAUGAAUUAAAAAAGGGGGAUUGAUUCAAGGUAUCAGGAAGCUCCAUGGUCCUUGUUUAUCCACCCAGUGUAAAUAUUAAAGAACUGGAGGAGGGGGUGAAUAAAGAGUUUCUUUAAGAUUCAUUAAAGAGUGAACAGCCUAGUCUUAAAAUAAAGCCAGUUCCAGAACUGAAACUGCAUGUGGAUGGCUGAGCAUACUGUAGCAAUGGGAUGACGACUUUUGGCUGCAACCAAUCCCAGUACUUAAAACAAAAAUGAAUUUACAACCUGUGACGUAAUUUUAUUCCAAAUUGGUACUACAGUUCCAGAACCUGAAUCACCAUGCUCAAAAUGCUGGUCAAGGAACAUUUCACUGAAGUUUUACAUUAGGUGUUUGCCCUACCCUUUGCUAUUAUAUUGUGCAAAAGUCUGCAAAAAAAAAAAUUCUCAGUACUGUUUUUCCUUAUGUGAUUAAAGUCCGGUAACAAAAUACUCAAAAAAACAAAAAAAAAAAAAAUGCUCAUGACAUUGUAUUGCUGAUUUGUAUUUUCUCUUGAGUUUGGGAUAGGUUUUUUAAUCACAAAGAUCAUGUGUAUUGUUGUUGAUACUUGGUUCACUGUGAUGUGCAGUGUAUUCAUACUUUAAUAUUUUCUCUUGAGUGAUUUGUAAUACGGAAAAAAAUAAUGAGAAUACUCUGUGCAGUAGACUGAUUUUUCACAAAAGGUGUCAUGGACCAAGAAUGUCAAUUAAAGUGAUAUAUUUUAACUGCAUUUCUUACAGUGCAGAAACAUUGUAAUAGUUGAUGUAUUUGGUGCAACAAAUUCUUAAUAAAAGUUAUGAGCUAAAUUUA